GCCACCGUCCCCAGCGUGUCUGCGGCGUAUCCGGGCGCUUCCGUCUUCCUGCCCGUGGCGCAGUCUGUGGCCGUGGGUCCCAUCGGCUCCUCGCUCCCCGUGGCGUAUUACCCCGUGGGACCGCUGUAUCCCCCGGGCUCGACGGUCCUCGUCGAAGGUGGCUUCGAUGCCGGCGCGAGG